GCUGACAAUGUUGACUACAUCUGAGUGGGACAAACUUCAGAGGCUGGAAACCAUCCUUGAACCAUGCAGAUAUGUGACUGAGCUCCUUGGAGGUGAGACUGAUGUUUCUUGCUCUGUGGUGUUGCCUGCUCUCUGCCACCUGUACCGCACAAUGGAAGUCUACACUGGAAAAUUCAAGACUGCCUUUAAAAAGGACCUGUCUGAACGGCAAGCAAACCCCAACAAUGGAUGGCUCAACAUAGCUUCAGCACAGGACCCACGCUUCAAGGACUUGAAGUAUCUUCAAAAAGGAGACAGAGAAGAGGUGUGGACCAGCCUUCAGGUACUGCUGUGAAAUAAACCCAGUACG